UCAUCUGACUCCAGUUCCCGAGGUCCCGUACAGGCGCGUAAUAGUGCGGACUAAUUGAUAAAGCCCUCUGCUGCUGGAAAUAAAAUGAGUUCUCCUGCUGCGCGGCUCUCCUUCUCCUGCUCAUCCUCAUCCUCCUCCUCCUCAUAGAGCUGCCUUCUCUGCAAAGAUCUGCUCCUUUGUGACUCCAGCAGGCGACGCAGGAUGACUCCUACCUUACCUCUGGUGAUUCUGUGCGCUCUGGUGACGUUGGCGUUGGCGUCUAAGACUGAGAGGGCGGUGCUGCUCUCCUGUAACUCCGGCCAGUACACCACCAGUGGAGAAUGCUGCCAGGAUUGCCCACCUGGAGAGGGAGUGGUGAAGAAAUGCGGUGCCACACAGACUGUCUGCUCCCAGUGUUUGGACAGUGAGACCUUCUCAGACAACUACAGUCACACAGAGCAGUGCAAGCCUUGCACUGAGUGUUUCGGCCUGAUGCGGAUGGAGAAGCCCUGUACCGACUCCAACGAUGCUGUCUGCACUUGCGACUACAACUAUUACUUUGACAAGAUGUCUGGCAAGUGCUUGCCGUGUACGGUGUGCCCAGUGGGCAUGGGCGUGUAUUCGCACUGCGAAAAUGAGCAUGACACGGUUUGCGAGGAGUGCCUGGACGAAACCUACUCUGAGCGGGAAAGCUCCCUCGACCCCUGCCUGCCCUGCACCAUCUGUGAAGAGGAGACUGAGACACAGCUGGCUGAGUGCACACCAAACAGCGACUCUGUCUGCCAUAAUCCUCUGGGCCCAACAUAUUUUGCUCCCACCUCCGAUAUGGGCCUUUCUCCACCAUCCUUCAUCAAUUACUUUCCCCCCGGUGUCUCCGAGAGCCCGAUGCCAGGAGGAGAGUCGACCACGUCCAGCGCCGGCUCUCCUCGCUUCCUUGAGCACGGACUCAACGAAAACCUCAUUCCCAUCUACUGCUCCAUCCUGGCGGCUGUUGUGGUGGGCCUUGUCGCCUACAUUGUUUUUAAGAGGUGGAAUAGCUGCAAGCAGAACAAGCAGGCAGCUAAUAACCGCGCAGCUACCAACAACCAGAUGGUGACUCCGGAGGGAGAGAAGCUGCACAGCGACAGCGGCAUCUCGGUGGACAGUCAGAGUCUGCAGGAGCAGCAACAGCAGCAGCUGCAGCAGGCCCAGGCUGAAGUCAGGCUCAGCCUUCACACUCAGGCACACAGGAACAAAUAGUUGUGAGGGUGGACGGCGGCCCGCAGCCUGACACACCUCCACCUGAAGUCUGAGAAUAAGGAGGAAGAAGCCAGGGAGAAGAGAGUGGGGGACUUGAACUUUGGACCAAACAAAAAGCAGCAGGGGCCACAUGGGAAUAUAAAACUGAUUCAUAUCUGAAGUGGCCACAGAGUAAAGACUUGACUUGAAUCGACCUCCUAGCUGCUAUGGGCGUCUGACUCUUCAUCCCUGCAUAUAGAGUCCAACUCUUAUCAAUCAUUGUGUGCCUGGACACAACCUGUACGGCAAUAUCAACCACUAUCCGUAACAACGUCACUGCAGAUACAUAAUCAUAGAUAUACGCCAGUGCAUCUUCUAUUAUUUGACUAUUUCCGUAUCUAAUAUUGACAUAAUUCUCACUAACUGCCAAUUUAGUCCUUUCAGCCCCUUCUGAAGCUUGACAUUUUCCUCUAAUCCCACAAUCACUAGCCAUGAAACAUACUGUAUGUGCCUGAAAAGCAAAUAGGCAGGAAGGUUAACCAUUAUCUUCUUUCUUUUUCUUGUGCAUCCAAGAGGCCUUCUUCCUCAAUGAGCAGCCUUUUUCCUCUUAAAUCUUCCUCUGUGGCGUCCCAGUCUCAGAUAAUCCAGUCUCUCUCAAUAGGAUUCACUCUAUUAAACACCCGCCAUCAUCUGCGAUACACAAAGCAGCAGGGGGGAAGGAAGCGGGGGAUGUGAGUCACUCCAUACUUCUUUUGAAGUUCCUUGUUCUUGUAUCAUUUAACCACAGACAUUUUUCAUGGCAUGCUUUCUUGUAGAAUUUCAUCAUUGUUUGAGACUGUCUGCACCGACUGAUGUAGGUGAAUCAUAUUUGGGAAGAAAGGUCAUCUGCUCAGUAAUCAACCCCUUUUUCCUUGUCCUUGACAUAGACCACUUCACAACGACAUAGGGAUUGUGUUUCAGUAAUUUCAUGCUCAUAAUGUUACACGCCCCGAUGUUUGUGGUACAUUUGUUUGAUUUUGUGGCUUGAGUUACAUGGCGGAUUCAGCAGGGUGCCUCCAUGUUCCUCCAUGGAGCCUGACAAGCAAUUUUUCCGAACUGUGGAGGUCUGCUGACUCACUGCGAUGAUGUGUGCCGUCAUCACUGACCCAGAGUAAAAAGCAUAUUAUUAAACAGAUGCUUGAAUGAAUUUAGGACUUGAAUGUGCAAAAGGAAUCCCAUUUAUCAUUCUUCACACCUACUGAGUAUAAAAUUGGGAUACCCCCCAGAGGCAAACUCAGUUCACUAUCCUCUUAGCUCACUUAAAACCACUGACGUCCACACACUCACACAGUCUUGUGUACAGCUCUGUCUGCGUGAUAGAGCCUGAUAAACUGUGUUAGGUGCUAAUGCAUCUGCAGCGAUCGUGCUCACAUCAACACAGGGCCUAUUAGAGAAACGUCCUGACAGGUAGUAAUUACCUCCGGGUUUCAGCAUCAUUUACCCUCAGCUUGGCUCGGCCACUUCCCAUUGGGAUUAACGCUGGGGACAGCAGAGGGGCGACACGGCCCUCUUUGAAGCUUCAACAUGACAUUACAGAUACCUUUUCCAAGUCUGAGGCCGCUGACAUUUACUUUAUCACCAUGGGGAUAUAAAAGCACUUAGCUGCGCGGCAGGGUGGCACCUUUUAUCACACAGGAGCACUUUUAUCCUGCCUUCCUCUUGUUGCUUGCACUAACUGUAAAAGCAGUAACCAUAGAUAUCAUGUAAAGGAAGUAUACUGUAGCUCAGUUUGACUGCACUGCUUUAGGCCUUCAUUCCUACAGGAGCAAAUACUUUCUCAGGGUCCCUCUUGUUGAUGUGUGACUAAAAAUGAUCUGUAGAUGAUUCCUAUACAACCUGUGGGUGUAAAGCAGCUGCUAUGUUGAAAAACAUGGAGAAAGGCAAGCCUUGAUAUCGAAUGCAGAUGAAUUUAAAAAGGCCGUUUUCACAUUUUGGGAAAAAGCUUAUUCCCUGUCUUUCUGAAAGUCGAAUAGGACAAAUACCAGACUGAUGAAAGGUAUCAAUCUCCUUAUGAACUUCAUGAAACUCUAAAUGUAAUAACUAUUUCUUUAAAGGAGAAAAACAGAGGAAGAGAGUCAUUAUAUCCUGUAUGGCACUCUGUGGAUCAGUCACAUGGUCAAGGACAUCUCGUUCAACUUGAAGAUCUUUUCACUUGUGAUUCAUCUUGUACCACUGGAGCAUUCUGAAUACAUAACACAUAAGACGCUGCUGAUGUUCGCUCACAGCUCCUGAGUUUAUGUGGGCACGAGUUGUGGACGUGUGACCACACACAUCCAGAGCGACAGUGUAUGAUUCACUCCUCUACUGAGUGAGUCGGCAUGAUUCAUCCGAUCCUCGCUGUGGCAGUGACAUUAAAGCAGACGCUGUUACAGUAGAGUGUUGAUUUAAAAAAACAAAAACGACUCCUCGACUCUGUCCCCCCUGAGGCACAAUCGACCCUCGAGCAGUGCACUCAUCCACCCUAAACCAACAUAUUCUCUUUCUCCUGCAGCUUUUGAAGUGAGACACAAUGUAAGAAUGUACAACCCUGAAUAUAAACAGAAAUAUGCAAGACACAUUCAAGAAUAAGGUUUAAGUUUGCCCUUGAUCUGUAGUUGUACAUUUAUUUUCCCUUUUGUUUUUAGUAUAAAUAGUAUUACACUUUUUGGAGUCAGUAUUUUUUUAACAGAUAUGUUAUUUUGUAGCACUUAUUAGAUGUAAUAUGAAUGCACUCAAAGAGUGUACCACAGUUCAAGUGCCUGUGUACAGUGUCAGGUGUCUUUCAGUUUGGAAGUUUGACUACAUUUCUUUUGCAAUUAUUUUUGCAUUUCUUUUUAGAGCUUAUGACGGUUUUUAGUAAAAAGAAAUCAGUUGAACUUUGGAGACUCAAGCAAACUGUAUAAACCUGGCACCAAUAUAGAGAGACUUACAGUACACUAUAGGUUGCCAAUGAAGACAUACUGUAUUUUAACAUGCUAUAGAUACUGGCAACUAAUAGAGUCAUGUAGCAUUACAAAAACCCAUACAUGUCACCUGAGACUUACUCUAAAACUCACGUAUGCUAUUAGUCAAUAGAAAAUCAGCUCUACUGUGCAGAGGUUUUUGCAUGUACAGUAAGUUUCAUCAUGUACGUCCAUUUCAGAGGCAGAGACAUGUAAUGUGCCGAAACAUGAAUCCUGUGGGGAGGUUGACUGUGACUAUGUGAUAUGGUUACAAACUUUAUACAGAUAGAUCAGGACCUGCUCCCAAAAAAAGCUGAAUGUCACAUGUACUUAUCUACUAAUGUAAAAUGCAUUGUUUAAAUGUGAAUUUCUUAGAGUUGAUACAAGAUACAAAAAUACACUAUAAAAUGUAGAAAACUGAAAAUGUGUGCAAAUGAAGUGACCAUCUAUAAUACAUUAAACAAAGAUGUCAUUGCAUAA